AUGAGGAGAGAUCGAGAGCGUGAACGGGCGCUUUUGGAGAGGCGUAAAUCAGAUAUAGCCAUUCAUACAGCCCAUCAUACCACAAAGGAUCUGUUCCCCCGCCAUAGCUCCCUCGAUAUCCGGAGCAGCGCAUCUGAUAUCGCCCGUGGGGUACAAAUGAACGGGAACGGCCACGUCAAUGGGAAAAGCACCAGACGAUCCCAAAGCCUCCAUCGUCACCUCGUCCAACUCGAUGACAUCGACCUCGACUUAUCCUCAUCAGACGAAGACCGCGCCCGGGCCCGCACCUCCGAGAUCUACAUGACCCGCAUAGACUCCUGGUCCGGCGCCCAGGUCCUGCAAGCCGUGCACGACAUCAACAGCGAGAUCCUCCAAUUCGCAGCAUCAGCCACCGAGAUCUUCUCCUUCUCCCCUUCCCCUUCUUCCUCUGGCGCAUCCUCAUCACGCUCAAUCCAAGCAAUGCACGACACCUCCGCACGCAUCGGGCCAAACCUAACCCGGAUCCUCUCAAACAGGGAUCACUCCCAAGACCCCAUCCUCGUCCAACUAGCGCUCCAAUCCUGCGUAUCCCUCUGCAUAGCUCGGGCUUUCACCUCCUUCUGCAUCGGGCUCCCUUCGAAAUCAGACGGCGUCUUAUCCCAGAUCUACGCGCGCAUGAGGGCGAGCGAGCCUCAACCCACCGCAUCAAAGUGGCGUGCGCUGGCUCAUGCGCAUGUACACGCUAUAUACCCGACGUUGACGGAAUAUUCGAUUAAUGAGUUGAGUGAUACGAUAUUAAGGUGGACUGCGGAUAUUUUUUUGAUUACGGGGUGUCAUCAUCCGCCUGAUGCGUCACAUACGCCGUCAUCCUCACCGCAAUCAGUGAGAUCGAUAUCGGUCUCCCCGCCCUCUACGCGCUCCACCACCACCACCACCACCACCAUGGACACCGCUUCCGCCCUCCGCGCCCGGUUCACAGAGCAAGUCCGCCGUAUCUCAAAGGCAGUACUCAAACUCGAAAAAGUAGCGAGACAAGAAACGAUGUCAACAUCCUUCGAAGUCGUCGUAGCCGAUCCUUUACACCCCCUAUUCGUCCCCGAGGGGAUGCAGGAUGCGUUUGGGGAGUAUGGGCCUAGUAAAGGUGCUGUGCUUGCUACGACGGAGUUGGGAUUGAGAGCGACUUUCGAUGAGUCGAUGUUGGCGAUGUUUGGUUUUCGUUGCAUGGUUUUGUCGGACCACGACGAUCAGCCUCAAAACAAGGUGCUCACAAGGUCAAGGAUUCCAGAAUCAGAAUCUAACACGCCCUUAUUGUCGUCAGUGAACAUUUUCAUUUUGACAGAUGUGCGCCUCCUUGCAAUCGCGUGUAUUCCGAACGGUCUCCGUGUUAAAAGCGCUCUACAUGUACACUUCCGCCUUGCGCUGUGCAUCUAUCCUCGACCAUGCUCGAUACUGGGUGUUUUUCUUGGCUCACGCGACGGCUUUCGAAAAAGGAGAUUGCGGGUUGUGAGGACCACCCCGGGCACCGAGUUUCAGAACAGUACCGAAAACUUGCCGGAGGGCAAACGAGUCACUGUUUUGGAUGUAGCUGAGGAGACACGAGGCGCGGUGACGACGUCCAGUGGGAUCAUGCUCAAUACUGGGCGUUUUUCUUGGCUCACGCAACGGCUUUGGAAAAGGAAGAUUGCGGAUUGUGCGGGCUACCCCGAGGUUCAGUACAGUACCAAAAAUCUGCCGGAGGUUGAACGAGUGAUCCGCUUGGAUGUAGUUGAGGAGACACGGGACACGGUAACGAUAUACAACGGGGAAUCGUCCGGAGACAAUCGAGCGGCUGUUCCUACGACUACAGAGUACCUCACUGCCGCCGUGAAAAAUGUUCUAACGCUGCUACAAAGUGUAUCCACUGUUAUACCCGUACCUCUGCUGAAAGAAUCGUGCCAGGUCGCGUCGAAAGUCAUUGAACUAUACGAGCACUCUCCAGACAAUUUACAGGGAUUUGGAGGAGAUCGGUGGGCAGAACAAAUUGAAACUAUUCUUCACAGAUUUGAAUAUGGGGAAGCUCGAAGACUGCGUGAAAAGGCUGUCAUCUGCCAUGGAGACAUUUAUGCCGCCAAAGUAGACGAAAAAUGGAGGCACGAUGAAAUACACCUGGUUGUUCAGCAACAAAUGCCUCUCAAGCCGGAGAUAUUUCACGGACGCGAAAUCCCUGUCCAAGAGAUUGCUCGACUCCUCAUCAAAGAGGAAUCUUCCCGUGUUUGCAUUUUAGGCCCAGGAGGAAUGGGAAAAACUUCAGUUUCCCUUGCCGUUGUUGAAUCAGACUGCAUCAAAAACCACUUCUCCCCCGAACAUCUUUUCUGGGUUCCCUGUAUCGAAGCAACAUCCGCGACCCUCCUCCUUGAGCUCUUAUACACCCAACUCCAAAUACCACGAAACAAGCCUAUCACGCUCUCAGAGAUCGUCUCUCAACUCGAUGUCUCCACCCAACCCCGCCUCAUCCUACUUGAUAACUUCGAGACGCCAUGGAACACACCGGACGCAGAGCGGAAAGUCGGUGUCAUCCUCCGAAAGCUAGGCGAGCUGAAGCAUGUUUCCAUCCUCGUCACCAUGCUUGCAAACCAAGCUCCCCGUGACAAAGCCAUCAUUUGGCAGUCGAGGGUCAUCCAACCUACCGACGAAGAGACAUCCCUCCGCAUCUUCCGCGACAUCAACCCGGAUUCGGAGAACGAACCAGACGCAGAUGUCAAGGCGUUGCUGACCAGGCUGGGACACAUGCCUUUCGCUGUGACCCUCAUUGCGAAUCUUGGGAAACAAGGGCAGUCAACAGCGAAGGAGUUAUUGCAUGCGUGGACGAAGUUCGGGCCCAACAUCCUCCCAGAGCAGAACGAACAAAGCAUGAACAGGAGUAUCAGCCUUUCCGUCGAUGGAUCCGUCGUCCAGAAAAAUCCAAACGCUAACCUCCUUCUCAAAGUCCUCUCAUUAUUACCAGUAGGAACGACGAAAGAGAACCUAUCCUGGUGGGCACCAACUCUUGAGAAAUUUAUGAUUCCCUCUGCCAUUGCCGGCCUAUCAGCUGCAGCUCUACUGGUCCAGCAACCCACCACCACCCCCAAAGUUCUCUCAUCAUCUAUAGCAGUAACGACGAAAGAGAAAGUCUCCUGGUGCGCACCAACUCUUGAGGAAAUUAUGGAGGAAAUUAAUCCCUCUGCAAUUGCCGGCGUAUCGUUUCCCUUUGCAAUUCCAUCGAUUCCCUCUGCAAUUCCCGGCCUAUCAGCUGCAGCUCUACCAGUCAAGCAAUCCACCACCUCCCCCGUGCUCUCCCUACCACCUGUUGUUCAAUCGUUCAUGCAGCAGCAAAAUCGAAUCGAGGAGGAUGUCCGAACCGCCAUUUUCACGUCGUGCUGCGAUUACGUCAUAGCUAACGCAUGCCGCGAUGACGAUCGCCGAUUCCGCGCCAAUGCAAAGAAACUCGCAGCUGAAGAUGCCAACAUCCGAUCUGUCCUUUUCAGCCAUUUACCCUCCUCCAAUCUAUCUGAAAAGACUAUCAAAGCGUUCAUUGCCCUCAGCUGGCAUUACUGCGACAGGGGGUCGAAUCCAGAGAUCGCCAGCCGUACAGUAGAAGCGGCCAAAGCCUUUGGGGUAAAGAAAUACAUUGCAUCAGCGCUGUGGUGCCUAGGAAGGACAUACUACAAUGUCCGCGACCAUCUCGCCUAUGACAACUUACAACAAGCUUACCAACUUUUCAACGCCCUUCCCCCUGAUAACGUCACCCAACGAUUUGGUGGCCAAUGCGGUAUCGACUUCGUCAACUGUGCCCAAAUCUACCUUGAGCAGAGCAAGGUGGUCUCUUUGGCGAGGGAUGUAGAAGCGAGGUGUGCCACCCUCUCUGACAACCUCGUACAUGCCCAGAGUCUCGUGUGCCUUGGGAAUGUCCUGUGCAUAGCUGGGCAGUACUCAGAUGCGCUCCACUCCUUAAGCCAAGCCAUAACCCUCUUGAAAGUUUUGAACGAUAAUACGAACCUCGCAUAUGCGUAUGAAAUCACCGCCCAGGUGCAUUGUCGCCGACACCAGCUCAAAGACGCGUUGGAGGCUGUUCGUACAGCGUCGAAGUACGCGAAGUUGAGUGACAAACCAUGUGCUCCCUGGGGUAGUGCCGUUCGGUGA